CGCCGCCUGUCGUCGUUUCCCCGUCCUGUGCAGGGAUUCUCCCGGCGGCUCUGCGGGUCCGAAGGGUUGUCCGCUGGCAAAGGUUUCCUAAAAGACAGGAAAAAUGGAGGAAUCUGUAAAUCAAAUGCAGCCACUGAAUGAAAAGCAAAUAGCCAAUUCUGAAGGUGGAUAUGUAUGGCAAGUCACUGACAUGAAUCGACUGCACCGGUUCUUAUGUUUUGGUUCUGAAGGUGGUACUUAUUAUAUCAAAGAACAGAAGCUGGGCCUUGAAAAUGCUGAAGCUUUAAUUAGAUUGAUUGAAGAUGGCAGAGGAUACGAAGUGAUACAAGAAAUAAAGUCAUUUAGUCAAGAAGGCAGAACCGCAAAGCAAGAGCCUUUGCUCUUUGCGCUUGCCAUUUGUUCCCAGUGUUCUGAUAUAAACACAAAACAAGCAGCAUUUAAAGCUGUUGCUGAAGUUUGUCGAAUUCCUACACAUCUCUUUACUUUUAUCCAGUUUAAGAAAGAUCUGAAGGAAAGCAUGAAAUGUGGUAUGUGGGGUCGUGCUCUACGGAAAGCUGUUGCAGACUGGUACAAUGAAAAGGGUGGCAUGGCCCUUGCUCUAGCAGUUACAAAAUAUAAACAAAGAAAUGGCUGGUCUCACAAAGACCUGUUACGACUGUCACAUCUUAAACCUUCCAGUGAAGGACUUGCCAUUGUGACCAAAUAUAUCACAAAGGGCUGGAAAGAGGUCCAUGAGUUGUAUAAAGAAAAAGCACUUCCCAUGGAGACUGAGAAAUUACUAAAAUAUCUGGAAGCUGUAGAAAAAGUGAAGCGCACAAAAGAUGAACUGGAAGUCAUUCAUCUAAUAGAAGAACAUAGAUUAGUUAGGGAGCAUCUUCUUACGAAUCACUUAAAGUCUAAAGAGGUGUGGAGGGCUUUAUUACAAGAAAUGCCUCUUACUGCAUUACUAAGAAAUUUAGGAAAAAUGACUGCUAAUUCAGUACUUGAACCAGGAAAUUCAGAAGUAUCUUUAGUAUGUGAAAAACUAUGCAAUGAAAAGCUAUUAAAAAAGGCGCGUAUACAUCCAUUUCAUGUCCUAAUUGCAUUAGAAACUUACAGAAUAGGCCAUGGGCUCAGAGGAAAACUGAAGUGGUGCCCUGAUGAAGAAAUCUUGAAAGCACUGGAUGCUGCCUUUUAUAAAACAUUUAAGACAGUUGAACCAACUGGAAAGCGUUUCUUGUUAGCUGUGGAUGUCAGUGCUUCAAUGAGCCAAAGAGUUUUGGGCAGUAUACUCAAUGCUAGCACAGUUGCUGCAGCAAUGUGCAUGGUUGUCACCCGAACAGAAAAAGAUUCUUAUGUAGUUGCUUUUUCAGAUGAAAUGGUACCAUGUACUGUGACUAAAGAUAUGACCUUACAACAGGUUUUAAUGGCUAUGAAUCAGAUCCCAGCAGGUGGAACUGAUUGCUCUCUUCCAAUGAUCUGGGCUCAAAAGAUGAACACAGCUGCUGAUGUCUUCAUUGUAUUCACUGAUAAUGAGACCUUUGCAGGAAAUGUCCAUCCUUCUGUUGCUCUGAGGGAAUAUAGAAAGAAAAUGGAUAUUCCAGCUAAAUUGAUUGUUUGUGGAAUGACAUCAAAUGGUUUUACUAUUGCAGACCCAGAUGAUAGAGGCAUGUUGGAUAUGUGUGGCUUUGAUACUGGAGCUCUGGAUGUGAUUCGAAAUUUCACAUUAGAUGUGAUUUAACCAUAAGCAGCAGCAUGAUCCAGAAGAGGUCAACUGUGAUCAGUGAUCUCACUAAAAUUACACAGCUGCUUCCCACCUAAUCUAAUCCAGUGAAAGAUGAUGGUACAGUAUGUACAUAAUGGAAGUUACUUU